CACUCAGAAAUGAAUUCAGGUAUUUCCAGAGAAUGACUACAACUUCUUCAAUAGAAGGAGGAAAGGGAAGAUGAAGGACCGACUUCAAGAACUGAAGCAGAGAACAAAGGAAAUUGAACUCUCUAGAGACAGUCGUGUUUCAACUGCAGAAACAGAGGAACAAGGGGUGUUUCUGCAGCAAGCUGUAAUUUAUGAAAGAGAGCCUAUAGCUGAGAGACACCUACAUGAAAUUCAAAAACUACAGCAAAGUAUUAACAAUUUGACAGACAAUGUUCAAAAAUUUGGGCAGCAACAGAAAAGCCUGGUGGCUUCAAUGAGAAGGUUUAGUCUACUUAAGAAAGAGUCUACCAUUACAAAAGAGAUAAAAAUCCAAGCAGAAUACAUCAACAGAAGUUUGAAUGAUUUAGUUAAAGAAGUUAAAAAGUCAGAGGUUGAAAAUGGUCCAUCAUCAGUGGUCACAAGGAUACUGAAAUCUCAGCACGCUGCAAUGUUCCGCCAUUUUCAGCAAACUAUGUUCAUAUACAAUGACACAGUAGCAGCAAAGCAAGAGAAGUGCAAGACAUUUAUUUUCCGUCAGCUUGAAGUUGCUGGAAAAGACAUGACUGAAGAAGAAGUAAAUGAUAUGCUUCAUCAAGGAAAAUGGGAAGUUUUUAAUGAAAGCUUACUUACAGAAAUCAGUAUCACUAAAGCACAACUUUCAGAGAUUGAACAGAGACACAAAGAACUUGUUAAUUUAGAGAACCAAAUGAAGGAUUUAAGGGAUCUUUUCAUUCAGAUAUCUCUUUUAGUAGAGGAACAAGGAGAGAGCAUCAACAAUAUUGAAAUGACAGUGAAUAACACAAAGGAGUAUGUUAACAAUACUAAAGAGAAAUUUGGACUAGCUGUAAAAUACAAAAAAAGAAAUCCUUGCAGGGUACUGUGUUGUUGGUGCUGUCCAUGCUGUAGCUCAAAAUAAAGAAGGUAUUUUUAAAUUUAUCCAGCAUUAGGGUAAAAGAUAUCUCAUAUUUCAGUGUCCUGUAUUGUUUUUCUUCAUCUCAUAGAUCCAUUCACAUACCUUUCAUCACUGUUAAGUCAUAAUUCUCCCCUUUAACCCUAACCCAAUAAAAUUACAGAAACUUUUGUAGCUAGUUACAUAAAACACACAUUUAUUCAAUUAAAGUAAAAACAAUAUGGUUACUGUCAACUUACAAGUUAACUAUUGAAAAUGAGCGGAAUAAUCUUAAUUUUCUGGUCAGGUAUCAAGCUCUAUAUUAGCCGUUUUUCUCAUCUGUUAAGUAGUACCUAGGCAAUCCAUUUGGCUGAUUUGAGAAUAUUUUGAUAGUUAAGAAUCAUGCUACAACAAAUCUAAGCCAUAC